GAUACACUUUUUGCACGAGUGGAUCUAUGGCCUGGGGGUGGAGGGUGGCAAGCCCCUCCCGCCCUUCAAGGACUUCAUGAACGCUAACCCACUCGACGUUUCCGUACUGCUCGAGCUCGAGAUGGACACCCCUGUUGCGAAUCUCGCGGCGAAGCUCGCCCAAAGGUCGAAGAAGCCGUCCGCCGAGCAGCUUGCCUCCGUGGAGUCCAUCGCCGAGGCCAUCCGCUCGUCCGACGUCUGGGCCGGCUUCGUGGAGAUGCUCGAGGACUCCAACGUAAACACCAAGGAUCUGGAGCGAUCGUUCAUGUUCACCACCAACUUCCAGUCGGCGGGGGCGAUAGCGAAGGGCAUGAUGCCCGUAGUUGCCACCCUGACGAACAACCCGGAGUUCCUAGAGAAGCUGAGGAAGGAGGUCGACGGCAAGGAUUUGACGUUCCAGUCUAUCAGGGGCGCCGAAAACUUCCCGCUGCUCGACAGCUUCCACUGGGAGAUCAACCGGAUGUUCCCGGCCCCUGCGUUUACUGUGAAGGAAGCGAAGAUGGAUCUCGUCGUGCCCACCAGCUCCGGCAAGAAGUACAAGGUCAAGAAGGGCGAAUUACUCAUGAUGGAACAGGCCCUCGGGCAGAUGGACCCGUCCGUCUUUGGCCCUGACGCCCGGGAGUUCAACCCCGAGCGCUUCGUGGACAACCCGGAGCUCAAGAAAAAGGUCUUCGCCUACGGGUACGUCGACCAUGACAAGGUAGACGGCCAAUGGGGAUGCGCGGCGCACGCCAUAGGAAUGCUAGACGGCAUCCUCAAGAUCAUCUACGGAAGGUGGGUGCAGGAGGCAGAGUGGGAACUGACGAGCGUGCCGGUGAUCUCUCCUGACGAGUUUCUCGCAGAGGUCGGUCCGGCGGACAUGUCCUUCGCGAAAGUCACGUCCCGUAAGAAGAUGUAAGCGGGAACCUAAGGCGCAGACGAAGUAGCUGCGUCACGGAAGGCGACUGACUGUGGCACAAGACAGAAACAGAAAAACGGAGAUGUAUAUAAGCAAGACAAGAAGGCGCAGCCAGCCAGCCAGCUUAGUUUGGCGGUGUUCUGAAACGUCCUGUGUGUGUGCUCCACGAUGAAAAAUAUCGGAGACCAGACAAUUGACUACAUAAGGUUGUGUCUAAUUGGGCCAUUCUCUUUGAGAAACUGAGGCCAUAUGUCGUGCUGGUGGAACCAGACACGAGAAGACAUGUGUUGUCCACUCCGCGUCUUGGGGUCUUGAAAUAGGAAGUGUAGGGGACCCGAAAAUCGCUGGUUGCUGGAAUCUGCAGCGAAAUGGGCCAGUUUGUCGAGCCUAGGGCAACUGAGGGUCUAUGGCGAAGACCAAAUUCCCCCGCCCACCUACCGUUUGCUAGAGUCAACUGUAAAUUAUCGUGUGAAACGCUAUUGCAAGGCCGGGUCUUGUGAAUGCCUGUCAUUUGGUCUGCAUACAUCGACCAAAGACUGUGUGGUGUGCAUGGUGUUUCGAAGCUAAGAUGUGCGUCCGGUUUCAUGUGAGGUGCAAUGGGCGAUUUUGCGAAGGAAAAAGGGCCACACGCGUGAAGUAUCGAGUGUCGACGGGGUCCUUCGUCGAAUCGUGGGUUUCUGAGGUGUCACUCCAGUUUGUACGUUUCAUGUAGAUCGUUUAUUGUGUGUUCGAGGGGAUGUGAAGUAUGUUUUCAGGUGGCAACGAAGUGCUUUACGUAUUGUUCGGUUCUGUUCCACGUAUGGUGUUCUCGUGCGGUUGUCGUCGUCGUCAUCAUUUUAUUGGCGUUGUUGGCGUUGUUGGUGUUGUUGUUUGUAGUGGUGACCUUUGUGCUGUAUCAAAUACUUGUUCGACCGAGACCGGUACAAGGUGAAUGUCCAAGUACCUGCGGAGAGGAGUCUCGCGACGUUAGUGUGCAAGGUGUACUGUAUUGGUUGCGACAUUAGUGUUCAAAGUACUGUCUUGGUUUUGCGCUCCGUGGUAUUUCCACCAAAGAAAGGUAUCGUCCGUACCCUGCGAAAUUGUGGGCUGAUGCCCCCUCGAGGGAGAGCAGGAAAUGGGAUAUACUUCGCCUACUGGGCUUCUUCGUAUGUAUGUAUAUGAGAGCGCCUUUGCUCCGGGUGUUGAGGGUGGGAACGCAACUGCGCUGAUGGUAGGGCGAGGUGUAUCAUUGUCCAGUGUGUGGUCUUGAGACCCGCACGACUGUCUUGUGCAGAAGCCGUCUUUCUCAUUUUCGUCCAGCGAUAAUAAUAGCGGGCCAAAUAGCACGUACAGUAUGUGUAUGUCUGGAUACUUGGGUAGACGUCUUUCAUGGACUGCCCCUCUCUGAGUUGGUCCCAGGCCAUGUUUUGU